GAGCGGAGAGCUCCCAAGGUCCCAGAGACAGAGGGCUGGGGAAAGUCAUGUUGAAUGAUUUGCUUCAUUAACAGACACUGAGCUCAGAGUGAGCUAAAGAAAGAGAUAGGGAAGCCAGGACAUGGGGAAAGGGAUCUAAAGCUACAGAUUUUUAGCAAGCAGCAGGGUUUGAAGCGUUGGAGUGUGAUUUCCAGCUUGUAUCGGACAAAGUGCUGGUACCCUAAGCUUCUUACUGGACCCCACAAACGACUGCUCACUUCAUGGCAACUUGGACUGCACACUCCUAGGACCUUGGGUUGCUUCUAGGACACUGCCAUGGAUGUGGAAGAUGAGAAUGAAACCUUGCGACGUUUCUUUGAAGGACAUGAUAUCAAUGGAGCCCUGGAGCCAUCCAACAUUGAUACCAGUAUCCUAGAAGACUACAUCAGUAAAGAGGACUCGUCAGAAAUCUGUUUCCCAGAUAUUCCUUCCUCAGUCAGUUAUGCCAGCCCUCAGCCUUGUGGGUCCUCCGGAGUUCACCUGUCCAGUGUCCUUUCCAAUGUUGGUCACACAGGCAGUAUUAACUCAGGCGGGGUCCAUCACCUAGGUCAGCAAAUGGCAGUACGGCCGGGUCCAGGGCCUACAUGCGGGGGGCCUCCAUACCCUCCACACCUGAACUGCAAUAAUAACAAUGCCAUGCUCAACCCCAAAGGAUAUCCCAUGUGCAUGAGCAACCAAGGCCUUCCCAUCAAGGCAGAACCGAAAACCAGCUAUGCAGCCGGCACUUUACCUGACUCUCCCCCGGACUCUGGAUCAGAGGCGUACUCCCCUCAGCAGCUUAGUGAUCCUCACCUGCUUCGCACGAUGACCCCAGAAAACAUAUGCCACAUCACCCCACCCUCUCGUCUAGAGCACCCCCCUCCACCUCACUUACAGGGCCCACUGCCUCCCCACUCCAUACACCAACAGCACUAUCCUAGCAUGCAACGGGAACUAUAUAUGAAAGUGGAGUCCAUGAUGCCACAGUACCAAAACCUUGGACCUGCGAUGCCUCCUGCAGACCUCCAUCACGCUCAGCAGUCGCAAAUGCUCCACCAACUUCUCCAGCAGCAACACGGAGCAGAGCUCCCAGUGCAUCCUUCAAAGAAGAGGAAACACUCAGAUUCUCCAACCAACACCCUGAGGGAGCAGAUAUCCAAUGGAGGCAUGGUGAAAUCGGAGCCGGGUCUCAUACAGGACAAUGACAGCCUAAAUGGUUCCUAUCUUGACCCCAAUUACCAAUCUAUAAAAUGGCAGCCUCAUCUGCAGAACAAGUGGGUUUCUCUCUAUGAUGCCAGCUACAAGGAACUACCCAUGCUCACCUACAAGGUGGAUGCAGACAAGGGGUUUAACUUCUCAACUGGAGACGAUUCCUUUGUGUGCCAGAAGAAAAACCAUUUUCAGGUCACAGUGUACAUCGGAAUGAUCGGAGAGCCAAAAUACGUAAAGACCCCCGAAGGCAUCCUGCCAAUUGAAUGCUUCUUCCUUAAACUGAAUGGUGUGAAGCUGGAGGCCAUAAAUCAAGCAAUCAGCAUCGAGCAGUCCCAGUCCGACCGCAGCAAGCGUCCAUUUCACCCUGUAACGCUAUCCCUUCCCCCGGAUCAAGUCACUAAAGUGACAGUCGGCAGGCUGCAUUUUAGUGAAACCACUUCAAAUAACAUGAGGAAGAAAGGAAAGCCCAACCCAGACCAGAGAUAUUUCCUCCUAGUUGUGGCUCUCCAGGUUCAAGCCCAGAAUCAGACGUACUUGGUGGCGGCACAAGCCUCUGAGCGCAUCAUAGUCAGGGCUUCUAACCCAGGGCAGUUUGAGAGCGACAGUGAGGUGCUGUGGCAACGUGGGCAGCUGCCGGACACUGUCUUCCAUCAUGGAAGGAUUGGCAUCAACACAGAGCGACCAGAUGAAGCACUUGUGGUACACGGCAACGUCAAGAUUAUGGGCUCUCUGAUGCACCCGUCUGAUAUUCGAGCCAAGGAAUCCGUUGAGGAGGUGGAUACAACGGAACAGUUAAAACGGAUCUCUCAGAUGCGCCUAGUUCAUUAUCACUACAAGCCUGAGUUUGCCAGCACUGUGGGACUGGAUGAAAAUGCAGCAGAAACAGGGGUGAUUGCGCAAGAAGUGCAGGAGAUACUCCCUGAAGCUGUUAAAGAAAGUGGAGAUUUGGUGUGUGCAAAUGGGGAGACCAUUGAAAACUUCCUGGUAGUAAACAAGGAACGGAUCUUCAUGGAGAAUGUCGGAGCUGUUAAGGAACUCUGCAAGCUGACAGACAACCUGGAAACCCGCAUUGAUGAGCUAGAAAGGUGGAGCCAUAAGCUGGCCAAACUCCGGAGGCUGGACAGCAUGAAAAGUACCAACAGUCACACCGGGAGUAGUCAGUUCAGCCGUGCAGGAAGUGUGCCCUAUAAGCAACGUCCCCCCAAAGUCAUGGGCAAGACUGUCCCUGGUCCUGCACACCAAAGCUGUGUCAGUCAGCGAUUCCUUCAGGCAACCAUCAUCGCCCUGGUUAUUAUUAUGGCUUUCAGUGUCAUCUCCAUGACAACACUGUACGUAUUGAACUUGCGCAGUGAAGAUGACAUGCUGGGCAUCGAUGGCUCUCUCACUCCGCCUGGUAGCUGUACUCUGACUUUCUUCCGACAGAUCCACCUUACUCUUCCUUAUGCUCUGUGCACAGGGUCUAGCCAGAACUUUGACACCACACAACUGAAAGGCAACACCACCCCUCCUCCGAAGAUAACAAAAAGUCCAGACUGGCAACAAGAUCCUCCUCUUACCAUUAACCUUUGCAUGGAUCCUCCUUGUGAAGUCGUCUGCUGCCCUCGCAUUCUAAGCUCAGAAUCUCCCACCAUCACCCGGAAAACCUCUGCAGCAUCAGCCGAGACCAUUUCACAGACAGACCCUGCUCCAUCCACAAUUAUCAGGAAAGCAAAGUCUCGCAACCUGGACAAGAACCGCAACUCCCUGCAGACCCUUCCCAGACCAGUCAGUCCUUUGCCACCUUACACCCAGGGCAAAAAUAAACACAGCCCCAACAGUCUUCCAGUGCGGGACGUCCGCAAAAGAAGGAGCUUGGAGGAGGAAAGUACACCCAUUACACCAAUGGACAGGACUCAAGGGAAUAGUAAUGAUUCUCGCUACUCUCUUACUACCUUACGGCUGCUAGAGACCGACGCACUCAUUACUAAUCGUUCAUGCUCAUCAAUGGAUACCUGUGGGUCAGGAAAUUACACCUAUAAACUCCCAAUCAGCAAAUACAGUCCUCUGUCCGGCAGACUUUCCCUGGAGCUCAAUUCCUCCUCACCUGUAUCGGUGAACUUUUGUGAAACAUCAAAAGGAAAGGGCUGUCAGGAACCCGCUGCCGUCACAUCUCCCAGGGACCAAAGCUGCCCCCAGGGGACAGAUGUGUGCGUCACGCAGGUCUCUCCCACGUCUCACUUAUGGUCCCUGCAGUUACUUCCCUCGCAAGAUUUCACCUUUCACUUACGCGUGUCUCCUCCAGGCGCCUCUGGCUGUGAUGAUCUCUCUAUUGAUCCCUCACAAGUUACAGACUAUUAUUUCAGAUUUUAUCGGCUUUGCGACUGAUCCCCUGUGCAGGCGACAGCAGCAGAGAAAUAUCUGCCUAUUACUGUUCUCCUUCCUUAAACUGGAAAGAGGCGUAUCCUUCCCUGUCCCACCCCCCCCUCAGACUGCGGGCAGCCACGGGGUCACCCUCCCCUCACUGGAAGUGCAACACUGGAGAAGACCACUGGAUCUUUCUGGGUCAACUGGAACCACGAACACUGGAGCUAGAGGGGGGUCUACACGUAACUGGAAGCAAAAUAAGGGGUAGCCCCCCUUGGCCAACAAGCAGGAGGAAUGGAUUAAGAAUGGGUGCAACCCCUACCAUUGAAUUUGUGUGUCUAAUAUUGUGAUUCUGUUACAAACCUUCCCUUUCUCACCUUUAUCUACGUUACAGGAAAGGUUGCACCCCUCCCCGUCUCACCUCCCAUGUAGGCUUUUUGACUCCGCAGCCAAAGCUUUCCUAUAAGCGAGCGGCUGCGCAACCAAUAAGAAGUUACUGAAAAUGUUGGACAUUUUUAUCAUAUUUUAUGUGGAUUUUUUUUCCUCCUUGUUUGAGCUUUCUGUGUUUUGUAUUUAAUUGUCUAACCACUGAAGUGCACUUAUUAUUAACACGGCAGUGAGGACCAAAAACACCCUCGCCCCCCUCUAUAGCCUGGGCAAGGGGCGACCAUCUUGCUAAGCGGGGGUGGGGUUGGUAGCGCACCAAAGACUCUUCAGAGAGCACGCAGAGUGCAAAGCCGUGAAAAUCAACGUCAUCGCAUAAACUGGUGACGAGAAAGUCUUGGAAUUUGAUGCUUAAAAGUAAUUUUUUUCCUCCUACAAAUUAUGCUCUUAACGUUUAAUUUUUUUUUUUUUUGUAAAUAGUUUCUUUGCAAUAAUGAGAGACACUAAUCACAGCGGCCGUGGCCAUCGCUGGAACAGUUUAACCAAUUCAAAGCACAAGGGACUUACCCUUUGGUACAUUGUCCCUUGUUGCGGGGAACGGGUUAAACCAUAUUUUCUAAACAUAUAAGUUUUUUUUGUUUGUAUUUAUAUUUUCCCCAUGUUCCCGCCUUAUCCUGCUCCGACUGUUCCCGGGACUGGACAGUCCUAUCUGCAUAUAAAUACCCACAAUAUAAAUAAUUCUUUGUACUCUGAGCAGUGUCUGUGUCUGUGAAAAACAAUUUAAUCUUUAAAGGGAAAUUCUCACAAAGAAAACGAGGUUAUUAAAUGCGCAAUGGUGUAA